UUGGGGGUUUGCCUUAAGACACGCUCCUUCAGCAUAAGCGAGGAGUGUGAGUUCGCUUCCCACUUCCUGUUCCGGACUCUUCCUUUCCUUUCCUUUCCUUUCCUUUCCUUUCUUACCGAUGAUAAAGCUGAGUAGGGCUUGAAACCAAAGGCUCGGAGAAAACGAUUUCGAGUGUUCGCCAGGAUUGCAAUCGUUCUAGUCCGUUUUAGUUUCGAUGUUCGCGGGCGGAUUUCAUGUGAAUGCGUGAGGGUGCUGCCUCUUCCCAAUUGAACAGGAAAAUUUUCCCAAAGUUGUUUACUCCGCUCGCUACAGUUUUAGAUGAUGCAGAGGCCUUUACGUCCCGAGGAGUACUCCUUAAAGGAGACUUCUCCUCACCUUGGUGGUGGUGGAGUUUCUGGUGACAAGCUCACCACCACCUAUGAUCUCGUUGAGCAGAUGCAGUACCUCUACGUGCGUGUGGUGAAAGCCAAGGACCUUCCACCAAAAGAUGUAACUGGAAGCUGUGACCCCUAUGUUGAGGUGAAACUUGGGAACUACAAAGGUACAACCCGUCAUUUUGAGAAGAAGACUAAUCCUGAAUGGAACCAGGUCUUUGCCUUUUCCAAGGACCGAAUCCAAGCCUCAGUUCUUGAAGUCAUUGUAAAGGACAAGGAUUUCAUCAAGGAUGAUUUCAUCGGAAGAGUCCUGUUUGAUCUUACUGAGGUACCGAAGCGGGUUCCUCCUGACAGUCCAUUGGCUCCGCAGUGGUACAGAUUGGAGGAUCGGAAAGGUGACAAAGGUAAGGGGGAGCUGAUGUUGGCUGUCUGGAUGGGUACUCAAGCUGAUGAAGCAUUCCCUGAUUCUUGGCAUUCAGAUGCUGCCACUAUCCCCAGCGAUGGACUUGCUAACAUAAGGUCAAAGGUUUACCUUACACCCAAGCUUUGGUAUUUAAGGGUUAAUGUCAUUGAAGCCCAGGAUUUAAUACCUUAUGAAAAGAAUAGGUUCCCUGAGGUCUUUGUUAAAGUUAUGCUUGGGAACCAGGCUCUGAGAACUAGAAUAUCACAAAGCAGGACCCUAAAUCCUAUGUGGAAUGAGGAUUUGAUGUUUGUAGCAGCAGAACCAUUUGAGGAGCACUUGGUCUUGAGUGUCGAAGACCGAGUGGCACCCAACAAAGAUGAGGUAUUAGGGAAAGCAGUAAUUCCCUUACAGAAGAUAGACAGAAGGUUGGACUACAAGCCAGUCAAUAGCAGAUGGUAUAACCUUGAGAAACAUGUGAUUGUUGAGGGUGACCAGAAGAAAAAGGAGGUGAAGUUCUCUAGUCGGAUUCAUUUGAGGAUAUGUCUGGAAGGAGGUUACCAUGUUUUAGACGAGUCAACACACUACAGCAGUGAUCUCAGGCCAACAGCGAAACAAUUGUGGAAGCCGAGCAUAGGGGUUUUGGAACUUGGUAUCUUGAGUGCUCAGGGGCUGUUGCCAAUGAAGACCAAGGAUGGCCGGGGAACGACAGAUGCAUACUGUGUCGCUAAAUAUGGACAGAAAUGGGUCCGUACAAGGACUAUCAUAGAUAGUUUUGCUCCAAAGUGGAAUGAGCAGUACACUUGGGAGGUAUACGACCCAUGUACUGUCAUUACAAUAGGUGUGUUUGACAACUGUCACUUGCAAGGAGGGGAGAAAGCGGCUGGUACAAGGGAUACUAGGAUUGGGAAGGUGCGGAUCCGCCUGUCUACGCUUGAAACUGACAGAGUUUACACCCACUCUUAUCCUCUUAUUGUUUUGCUUCCUUCGGGAGUAAAGAAAAUGGGUGAAGUCCAGCUGGCUGUCCGAUUUACAUGUUCUUCUCUUCUUAAUAUUUUGCAUAUGUAUUCCCAGCCGUUGCUGCCAAAGAUGCAUUACCUCCAUCCAUUGUCUGUCAUGCAGCUUGAUAAUUUGCGACAUCAGGCCACACAGAUAGUAUCAAUGAGAUUGAGCCGUGCAGAGCCACCCUUGAGGAAGGAGGUUGUUGAAUAUAUGUUGGAUGUGGAUUCUCACAUGUGGAGUAUGCGAAAGAGCAAAGCGAAUUUUUUCAGAAUCAUGGGCGUCUUAAGUCCUCUGGUUGCUGUGGGAAAGUGGUUUGAUCAGAUUUGCCAUUGGAAGAAUCCUUUGACUACAAUUUUGAUCCAUGUCCUCUUUGUCAUCUUGAUCUUAUACCCGGAAUUGAUACUCCCAACAAUUUUCCUGUACCUGUUCUUGAUUGGAGUCUGGUACUUUCGUUGGCGACCACGGCAGCCUCCUUACAUGGACACUCGGUUGUCACAUGCAGACACUGCACACCCUGACGAGCUUGAUGAGGAGUUUGAUACUUUUCCCACAUCCCGUCCACCUGACAUUGUGAGGAUGAGAUAUGAUCGUUUAAGGAGCGUUGCAGGUAGAAUACAAACUGUUGUUGGUGACCUGGCGACACAAGGGGAAAGGUUACAAUCUCUGUUGAGCUGGCGGGACCCUAGAGCAACUGCUUUGUUUGUGACAUUCUGCUUGGUUGCUGCUGUUGUUCUCUAUGUUACACCAUUCCGUGUUGUUGCUUUUUUAACAGGUUUGUACGUGUUGAGGCACCCAAGGUUCCGGCAUAAGCUUCCAUCAGUGCCUCUAAACUUUUUCAGAAGAUUGCCUGCUAGAACAGAUAGCAUGUUAUGAGAGUUGGUUGCCCAUAUGAAGAUGUCUGUUUUCUGAUAGGCUGUUCCAGUUCGAUCUCAAGAUGCUGCAGGUUAAUUCUGAUGAAAUUCAAUCAGCUAUCGUUCAAUGGACAACUGGAGUAUGAUGUGAAUCUUUGUGUGUAUGCUGGUCUUAGUUAUCUACCUUACGUAUUUCAUGUUUUUGCUAUAUUUUUCUUUACAAUGUGCUACCUAUCUUAGAUGUUUUCGCUGUUAAUCCAAUGUUUUUCUUAUA